CUAGCGGUGCUGGCCUGGAAAUUUGGACCACAAUCAUCGGCGCGCCUGCCGGGCUCUCAUCAGAAAGCCAAAUGCGGCGGGAAAUCCUCGCAAUGAGCCGCUCCACCCCCGAGGCUUAUUUCAUUCUCUAUUUUUCCGGAUAUCUUCAUUUCGCACUGGAAUAUGCCCCGCUCGAAGCGCAUGCGCUACACCUUCUCAUCGCUGCCCCGUGCCACGUCGCAGCCAGUUAUUGCGUGGGAAAGGAGAUGGUCCGCCCCCAGCACUCUACCGGGUGACGACGCAGCCGCUGCGUACAGGCUGUUCAAGUGGACAAAGAGUACGUAUGUUCCUUUAUUGAGCCUGAUUUUCCAGGGCGUGACUUUGCGCGUGCAUAAAUUUAUUGCUGUCUUCCUUCUCCCAUUGGAUAGCGGGGCAGACGGUGGUUCACGAGGACGACGAGGACAACGAGGACAACGAGCCAGAGGUUGCUGAGACCCCCAAGCCAGGUGAGGGGGACGCGCAGCUCCAGGCAGAG